AUGGGGAUCAAGAAGGUGAUCAUAGUCGGAGCCGGACCAUCAGGUCUAAUCCUUGGCCUCUUGCUCGCGAAACAGGGGAUUGAAGUCGAACUGCUAGAUGCUGGUUCCGAUGUUGACAAACAGCCUCGAGCUGCUCACUAUGCAAGUCCAGCAGUAUACGAAUUAGGGAGAGCUGGCGCUCUUGAAGAUAUUAAGGAACGAGGGUUCCAACCUGCUGGAUUUGCGUGGCGUCAAUUCGAUGGCACUUUUAUCGCAGGCUUGAACCAUGCUGUCCUUCCUGAUGAUUAUCCCACCAAGAUGGUUGUACUUCCUUUGGAUCGACUGGGGGAGUUGCUCUACGAACAUAUCCAGCGGCAACCAACGGCGCAAGUUAAAUGGUCCCAUCGAGUCGUGCGCAUAGGUCAGGAUGAGGGACAGGCGUGGGUCGAGACCGAAACACCGAAUGGUCUUCAAAGGUCUGAGGCGGACUAUGUUAUUGGCUGUGACGGGGCCAGCAGUACUGUGCGCCGAGAGCUGUUCGGGCCUGAAUACCCAGGAGAAACACUGAAUGCGCAGAUUAUCGCAACCAACGUUUACUAUGACUUCGACCGCUUCGGAUACUGGGACAGCAAUUUCGUCGUCCACCCUGAAUAUUGGUACAUGGCAGCUCGGGUCACAACCGAUGGUCUCUGGCGCGUCACAUACGGCGAUAAGCCUGGGCUGAGCAAAGAAGAAUACAUUGCUCGACAGCCCAAGCACUACGAGAAACUCUUACCUGGGAACCCUACUCCUGAUAAAUAUCAAGUUACCAAUAUCAGCCCGUAUAAGCUGCAACAGCGCUGCGCGCCAAGUUUCCGAGUUGGAAGGAUCCUCCUUGCAGCAGAUGCAGCGCAUCUCUGUAACCCAUUCGGUGGACUUGGUCUAACAGGCGGUAUUGCCGAUGUUGGAAGUCUCUUCGAUUCAUUUAUGGGUAUUCACAAGGGUCUUGCGGACGAGACUAUCCUCAAUAAAUACAGUGAAAUUCGCAAACGCAUUUGGGCCGAGAUCAUCGAUCCCAUGUCCCGUGAGAAUUUCAGACGGCUGUAUGAUCAGGACCCGACCAAGGCUCGCGAGAAUGAUGAGUUUUUCCAGCUUUGUGUUAAGGGAGAGACUGAUGACGAAACUGCGAAGAGUAUAGUUUUGGGCUUGGAUGUGCUUCAGCAUGAUAUGACGCAGUAUUACUCAAAACGAGCUGAGGGGGCGAAUCUAUAG